UCUUACAAGACAAACUCGUUUAAUUAUUAUUUACACCUUCCUAAAAAAGAUUUUAAAAAGGUACGGAGAGAGAGCGUGAUUCGCAGGCACUGAGGCAUAUAUUGUGCUGAUUCAUAGCGCAGAGUAGAAUCUUUCAUGUGUGAUUUCGUUUAUGGACGACAAACAAAAACCUUCUUUAUAAGAUACUCCUAAAAACAAGACGAAACAAAUAAACCUUUCAUAAUUAGAUAUUAACGAAUGUGCAAUUGUGCAUGCUUGUUCAAUUGUCUUUGGUCCUUCUACCGGUUGUUGCUUGAGGUCUUAUGAAUUCGCCUACAAUAAGUUCUUCUGCCAUUUGACAUUAAUAAGGGGAUUUAGAUUUUAGAUGGAGGCCGGUACAUCAGGUGUACAGAUUGGUGAAGAGAGUAAAAAUUUGACAUGGAAAAUUUUGAUUAAAGAGGUUAAAAAGGUGAGCCUCCUUGCUGCACCAAUGAUAACAGUUUCAAUACUACAAUAUAUGGUGCAAGUGGUGGCGUUGAUGAUGGUUGGACAUCUUGGGGAACUUCCUUUGGCUAGUGUUGCUAUUGCUAUCUCUAUUACCAAUGUCACCGGUUUUAGUCUACUUAUUGGGCUAUGUGGUGGGUUAGACACAUUGUGUGGGCAAGCAUUUGGAGCAAAACAAUACAAAAAAAUUGCAACAUACGUUUAUAGUGCAAUAAUAUGUCUACUAGUAAUUUGCAUCCCCAUUAUCCUAGUAUGGAUUUUCAUGGACAAAUUACUAAUUCUAGUAGGUCAAGAUCCUGAAAUCUCAAUGGAGGCACGCAAGUUUUCAGUUUGGUUAAUCCCAGGACUCAUAGCAAGUGCUAUCUACAACCCUUUAGUUCGUUUUUUGCAAUGUCAAAGUUUAACUUUGCCUUUGCUCUUAAACUUUGUUGCUGUUCUUGGUAUAAACACAUUAUCAUGUUGGAUUUCUGUGUAUAAACUGGAGUUUGGGAUUCAAGCAGUUGCAUUCUCACUUAGUCUUUGCAGUUGGCUAAACGUAAUAUUUCUUGGGAUUUAUAUCAACUUUUCUUCUGCUUGUGAGAGAACUCGACCAUACUUCUCCAAAGAUGUUUUCUACAAUAUUUGGCUCUUUCUUAAGUUUGGGUUCCCUGCUGCUUUGAUGACUUGCCUCAAGUGGUGGGCUUUUGAAGCUGUGACAUUACUUUCAGGCCGUCUUCCCAAUCCACAACUUGAGACAUCCGUGCUGUCCAUUUGCUUGAAUAUAUCAACAUUGUUUUUUACGGUACCGCUUGGAUUGGGUUACACUGUAGGCAUUAGGGUGUCGAACGAGCUAGGUGCAGGAAAUGCAGAAGCAGCAAGGUUAUCAGCAUGGGUUGUAACAACUGCAGUUUUUAUGGAGACUCUAGUUGCGAGUGUAAUUUUGUUUUGUGGUCGUCAUAUAGUGGGAUACGCAUACAGUCAUACCAAACAAGUCGUUACUUACGUUGCUGACGUGAUUCCCUUCCUUUGUCUUUCCAUUAUCACCGAUGGCCUUCAGAUGGUCCUUUCUGGAAUUGCAAAAGGAAGUGGAUGGCAACGACUUGGAGCAUAUGUCAACCUUGGAGCAUUUUACCUAGUAGGACUUCCGGUUGCUAUAGUACUCGGUUUUGUUCGGCAUUUAAAUGCUAAGGGUCUAUGGAUUGGAAUAUUAAUAGGGUCAAUCUUGCAAGCGACUCUGCUCAUCAUAGUUACCAUUCUUACAAACUGGCGAAAACAGGCUACAAAGGCAAUAGAGAGAUCAAGUGAAGGUACCGGUGAACAAAGAGUUGAUGGCACUCAGUGAAGAACUUCAAACUUCAGUAAUUUAUCAAGAGUACAAUUAAUACUCCUUCAAACUAAAGGAAAGGUCUUUAUU